AAUGUCGGGGGUUGUGUUUGACCAGCCCGAUAUGUCGUCCACCUUAGUGUUGCAUCCCAGAUGAAACUGUAAUAAUGGAGGAAGAGGAGCAGCUGCGCUCUUUGAUGUUUCUCAUGACUUACAUGCUGCUGAAGCGCCGGAGAGACAUAAACGACGCAAACAUUCAGAGACGCAACGAGAUCCAGAGACGCAUCAGACACCGCCAGUACUUCUUCCAGAGACAGAGGAGGAUGCUCAUGAUGAUGAUUGCAGGAGGUAUCCGCUCCAAUGCCCGCAUCCGCACCCGUCCCUGGACCACCACUCCAAGCACAGACUGGUGGGAACGGGUGGUGAUGACAGAAUUCCAGCCCUCUGAUUGGUUGGAUAAGUUCCGCAUGAGCCGGGAGACGUUCUUCUACCUCUGCGACAAGCUGAGGCCCCGCCUGGCUCGACAGGACACCAGCUUCCGCCUGGCACUGCCGGUGGAGAAGCGUGUAGCUGUAGCCCUGUGGCGUCUAGCAUCCAACAUCGAGUACCGCACCAUCAGCACCCUGUUUGGUGUGGGGAAGUCCACCGUGUGCAGGUGCGUUAGAGACAUGUGUCAUGCCAUCGUGGCGCUCCUCAGCUCCAUCUACCUCCGACCACCAGGUGAGCAGGAGCUGGAAGAUUCAGCUCAGCUGUUCCUAUCCCAGUGGGGCUUCCCUCACUGCGUUGCUACUAUAGCAACACUCCACACGGCUAUUAUCACCCCAUCAAACAACGCGUCUGACUACGCCAACCCUGCUGGCUGGCUGUCAGUCAUGUCCCAGGUGGCUGUUAGUGGUCGGGGGCAAUUCUGGGAUGUAUGUGCCAGUUUCCCUGGUGGGACAGACCCAGCUGACAUCUUACAGAACUCAUCACUGUGGGCAACAGCUGCAGAGGGUGGACUGUCACCUGCCCCACCGCCUACCUUCAUGGGAAAACCACUUAGGUAUGUGUUGCUGGGUGAGGCCUGUUAUCCACUCCAGAGCUGGCUGAUGAAGGCCUAUCCUGAGGAAAAGGGGAGAACAGCAAGUCACGUGGCGCUGACAGAGCAGCAGCAGCUGUUUAAUCGACGGCUCGCCCGAGCGCUGCACGUGCCUCAGGAGGCGCUGCUGAGGCUGAGGGCACGCUGGCAGUGCCUCAGCAAGAGGAACGACUGUGGGCUGGACGUGGUGCCCACCAUGAUCCUGGCUUGCUGCAUUCUGCACAACAUGUGCGAGUCCCACGGGGACGCAUUCAAAGCAGAGUGGCAGGUGGAGGUGGCCGAAGCAGAGAGUCCCCAACCCAGCCAUAAACGGCUCCUCUCCACCAGCAUGGACCAAAGUAAUGCUGAGGAAAUCAGACGCCUCUUCUGUGACUAUUUUGAAGACCAAAAUAAUUGAUAAAGGACCAGGAUAGUUGAAAAUCUUUGUAAAUCUUUGUAAAUCUUUCUGUAAUUAUACUUCUACAUUACAUUACCAGCAUGAC